AGGAUGGAAGCCCAGCAAGGGUGGAAGAAAUAAAGGCUGAGCAUGACAGUGUUCAGAAUGCCUUCAUCGCACGCCGCUUAGCCAAGAAGGAGAUGAUGGGAACUCUAAUCGGGGCUGGGAAAGAGUGGUUAGGCGGAGCGGGGUUAUCAACUGCCCCGCAUAUGGCGGCAUUGCAAAAGAGCCGGAAGUGGUAGCUCUACCGAAGAAAGCUCUUUUCCCCAUCAUUCUCACCCUCUAUGACCUCCCUGAGUUCUCGCGAUAUAUCCUCCAGGCGAUAUUUAUCGUUUUUGUCUUGAGACGGGGACCUUUCAGACGUUCUCCAGACACGCGUGUUGGGGAGGGGCAUCGGUCUUCUUUUCAUUAUGAAGUGUGUCAUUGGGGGCGCCCGUGUCAGAGUGUUUGGGAGGGCUCUGCACGCCAUUGCGAGAAUCAGCGAUGAAUUUUGGAUUGACCCCAAGGAAAAAGGACUUUUCCUGAGGACGGUAAAUAAUUCUAGAUCAGCCUAUGCCUGUGUCUUCUUUUCAUCUUCCUUCUUCCAAAAUUAUUCCUAUGGAAAUGCCUCUGAACUGAGUCUGAAUGGGAACACUGUUCAACUCGCAUGCAAAUUAAUAAUAAAAGCCAUUCUGCCUUUGUUUCGAUGCUUGCACACGCUGGAAAGAAAUGUGGAAGAGUGCAACAUUUAUACAGACGUUAGCAAUUGCCAUAUUGUUUUUAAGCUAUUCUGCAAACACGGUGUCGUGAAAACUCAUAGCUUAGCUUUCCAGGAAUGUGAACCUCUUCAAGCUGUGUUUGCAAAACAUUUGUGCACCAAUGUACUGAAAGUCCAGUCCAGGCAACUGUCUGACAUCUUGAUCCAUUUUCCGAUGUACCAAGAAGAAAUAACUUUAGGUGUAACACCAAUGAAAGUUUGCUUCAGGACUUAUCUAGAGGAUGAGAUGGAAUUUGCAAAGGCAACGCAUACGGAAAUUCAUCUCAGUCCUGACGAAUUUGAAUAUAUUCAAGUCGGAGUGGAUUCGGAAGUCACAUUUUGCCUUAAAGAGCUGCGGGGUCUUCUGGUGUUUGCAGAGGCUCUCAGUGCCCCAGUCUCCAUUCAUUUUGAUGUUUCUGGAAAGCCUGUUGCCUUCAGCAUUGAGGAUACGGUAAUAGAAGCCCUCUUUGUGCUGGCCACUUUAUCCGAUAACGAAAGCUGCACAACGGCUAGUAAACCAACAUGCCUUGAACAAGGCCAAAACAGGGCCUCUGCCUUAGAGAGACGUAAUCGAGACAUCGUCAGUUGCAGGAGAAACGCAUCCACAGCUCCCUCGGAGGGCUUUUCCACAGGAGAGGAACCAACUGAUCCCAGCUAUAAUAAGUUUCAUUCCUUGUUCUUCGGAGCCGUUUCCCCUAAUGAGCAAAGCAACGCCAAUUUACUUCACAAUCUGGCCACAGUGAGCGACCCAGAAGAGGACUGCGCCCGUGGGCAGCUCUCGCCCACGUUUUAAUCGCAGGAAAUGGUCUGUUGGCGAAGCAGGCAAGGAGGAGGAGCCGAGUUUGGCUUGCAGGAAAAUGUAAUUUUUGCUUACCGUAUUUUAGCGGCUUGAGUUACCCAAAUGGAUGCUCCUGCUUCCUAAAUGUUGUUUUACCUUCCACCUAUGGAUAUUGUAGCUUUUUCCAGAAUCCUUUAGAUGUGAUUAAAAGGUCUAGCUGUGUAUAAUAUUCAGUGAGCUUCCUUCAAUGUGGGAAAACCUGGGCUAUCCGUUGUGUAGGUUGUUCAAAAACCAGGGUUAGUACUGUAUAUUACAAUCAACUUGAAAGCAUUUCAGGAUGCUUGCCCACAGCAACCAGAUGGAAUGUUUCAGAAGCGUGUUCAGCAUUUGGUUGUCAAGAUGCAUUUGGCAGUUUUAGCCUUUCUCGCUGGCAGUUGCCCACAGCAACCUAACAAAAGGCAAUUAAUCACACACUGCUGCUGCCUGGGCAGCUUCUUUAAGAUCUGCUCCAGAGAAGAAGAAAGAGAAACAGGAGGCUGCUUUUGAAAGCAAACUGAAACCAGGAACAUAAAAUGAAAAACAAUUUCUCUUUAUUAUACUCCCCCAAACAUCCACAAAAUGUGAUUGGUUUUUUUUUUUUUUGAGAAAGACAUAUGUUCCUUUGCUCCUUCCACUGAAUUCCUCAUUGUACACAGAUUUUUAAAAUUUUAAUUUUAGUGGCCCGCUGUUGCUGAGGUCAUGACCUGCCAGGAACUAUUGGCUAAACAUUGUGAAACAAGCAGAUAUUGGACAAAAGAUCAAUAUGUUCCUUUUAUAUUGCCGCUCAACGUGGCCUGCUUGAGCAGUUAAACACAUUUUUAGGAAUUUGCUUCGUGAAAGAAAUGAAAAGGUAGAUGUAAUGUAUAUGCUUGGAAUAGCUCUUUCUUGACUGUUAGAGAGGUCAGUUUGAGGCUUGAUGAUCUAAAUCUGUAUUUCACAACCUUGCCAACUUGAAGAUGUGUGGACUUUGACUCCCAGAAUUCCCCAGCCAGCAUAACUGGGAAUUCUGGGAGUUGAAGUCCACGCAUCUUCAAACUGCCAAGAUUGGGAAGCACUGAUCAAAAUAGGAAAAAAUAUAUAUAAUUGCAACAGAGCACCAUGAUCUUGUCUUCAAGUCACAAUUCAAGCAUAUAUUGUAUAAAUACUAUAUUUAUUAAAUAUCUUUACAAUUCAUUUAAAUGUAUUUACAGAUCCUAUUCUUGCACAAAUUAUACUCCAGACAUUCAAUUCACAUAAUUUAAAUUUCCUUUUUUUUAGGCAAGUUACAGGUCACGAUAGUCUCAUUUAACAAGAAAACGGCAUCCUCAUUAGAUAAGCUAUCCUUGUCUCAGGAGAAGGAAAAAUAAAACAAAAUAAAAAUGCAACCCCCCCCCCCAAAAAAACCCCAGGUCUGGAUUGAGUCCGGUUUUCCGCGGGAAAGAACAUUCCCGUAAUUUAUUCUCUUUGCUUCCACUGUGGACGGUUUUUAAAUCGCGAUGUCCUUCUCUCCCAGUUGCUUUUUUUUUUUUU